GAAGGGUUGGACCUGGUGCUUAGGGACAUGGUUUAGUGGGUGACAUUGGUGGUAGGGGGACGGUUGGACCAGAUGAUCGUGGAAGUCUUUUCCAACGUUAAUGAUUCUCAGAUCUACGCUUAUUUUAAGCAAGGCUGUCAUAUCUUCACAGCAGGGAGUAGAUUUGGCCACCAAAAUUUCAGACACCAGACAUACCUCCUGGACAGACAGUAUGAAGGACCAAGAAAUGAAGAUGUUACAGCCUGCCUGAGGGCAAUAAAUCAGGCAGCCCACCACAGGCCGUAGUAGUGCUGUCAGGUCCUCACUCUGCCCUUGUGUUUCAUGUUUCAUAUAGCCUUUACCAGCACAUUUCUGUUUUUAUGUAUAACCAGCAUAUUCACAUGUAUUUUCAGUGUAAAAAACAUAUAUGUACUUACAUGCAUUUAUGUUACAUUAAUAGCCACUAACCAGUGAUAAUGUGUAUUAAUAGAUAAUGGGGGAAUAAAGAGACUGAGAGGGCUUCAUAGAUACUACCUCAAGAGCAAACUACCAUUAACAUUAGUGGACAGUGCACAAUGCAUAUUAUAGAGAAAAGUGAGACAAAAAGGACAAGAGGUUACUAUCACUAGUUUUUAGCAUUUGGUGUUCAUUCUUAAAGAAGGACAUUGCUAACACUUUUCAGUUAAUUUACCAUAUGAAGGAAUGAAAAUGUACAGUCCAUGAAGUCUGCUUGCUGCUCCAAAGACACAAACAAGAAGCUAUUAGUUGUUUGGCUAAAUACUGUAACGUGAGUCUUUAUUAUGCACACAGGAGACAGGUGAGUAAUGCUGGAUAAGAGCCUUGAGUAGUCAGACUAGAGAUUCGAUGAAAUGCUCCUAUUAUGACUCUCUGCAGCCUGUGGAAUAGGGAAGCUGGUUACUUGAUCCUCUGCUUUACCUGAACCUCAUUGUUGUAGCUUUUAAUAUCUGAAUAUCCAGACCAGCUAUAAAGGUGACUUUGAGGAAAGAAUGAUGGGACAAGACUCAGCAGUCAGAGCCAGAAAUGGGCAACAAGCAAACCAUUUUCACUCAAGAGCAACUGGAUGCAUAUCAGGACUGCACGUUCUUUACCAGGAAAGAAAUUCUGAGACUCUUUUACAGAUACCGAGAUCUAGCCCCACAGCUAGUUCCACUCGACUACACCGAUAAACCAGACGUGACACUUCCCUAUGAACUCAUUGGCAGCAUGCCAGAGCUGAAGGACAAUCCAUUCCGCCAGCGGAUAGCUGAGGUUUUCUCAGAGGAUGGAGACGGCAAUAUGACUUUAGAUGAUUUUUUGGACAUGUUUUCUGUGCUGAGUGAAAUGGCUCCCAGAGACUUAAAAGCUUACUAUGCUUUUAAAAUUUAUGAUUUUAACAAUGAUGACUACAUAUGCAAAUCAGAUCUAGAGAAAACUGUUAACAAACUGACCCGCAACGAGCUUACCCCAGAAGAAGUUCGCCUUGUAUGUGAAAAGGUGAUUUAUGAAGCUGACCUGGACAACGAUGGCAAGCUUUCUUUGGAAGACUUUCAGCAUAUGAUAAUACGAGCUCCAGAUUUCCUCAGCACAUUUCACAUUCGAAUCUGAACCUAGAAAAACUUCAUGAUAGAAGUGUUUCUUGAACCUGCAACAACUAUUGUUUCUCUUGAGACUACCAUCCUGAGAGUGAUAAAUGUGAGGACCACAGAUGAUGAUUUCUGGAAACAGAACCAGUCGUAGAAACCUCUCUCUUGUUUACCUCUUUAAAAGGAACAAUCCAUCUUCACUGAAAUUUCCCUGUAAUUUCACAGAAGGUGUGUGUUUUUCUAAAAUUGUCUAUUCCUAUCCCCUUCCCCCACUAGAGCAAGUCUGGUCUAGACAGUGACAUAGAAAAAAAAAAUCUCAUUUUUAAUUUCAGAUACCAGCAGAUAGGAACUUGUAUCAAAUUCUAAAAAAAAACUUCUAAAAAAAAUCCUAAGAAAAUACCCUACUAUCCACUAAAAACAAAACCAUUAUAGACUCACUCUACAUUCACAAAUCCCCAUACCAUUUCCUACUGACCUACUCCUUUUCCCCUGAGAGACAAAUCUAGCUUUAGUUUAGGAAAACAUAUUGCUGCCUACAGAACUUGGUUUUCCUUAAAAAGAGUGCAAGAAGUUCUCACUCAGCUCAGGUUUUGAAGUCCUGAGAAUGCCACCUACUUUGAAAAUACUUUUAGAAAAAUCACAGUUAAUUCAAAAUUGUGUAAACAACACCUCUGAUCAGCUUUACCAGUUUUAACAAAUGGUUCAGCGAAGCAAUUUGCUAAAGUAUUCUCCUAGUGUGUAUCAGAAGUCCAUUACGGUUCUGAGAAGGGUA